AUGGAAACUCCCCAAAAACCACAUGCUGUAUUUGUUCCAUUUCCAGCACAGGGUCAUAUCAACCCAAUGAUGCAGUUAGCCAAACUCUUCCGUUGCAAUGGUUUCCACAUAACCUUUGUCAACACUGAGUUCAACCACAAACGUUUGAUUAAAUCUCUUGGAGAAGAGUUUGUGAAAGGUCUCCCUGAUUUUCAAUUCGAAACCAUACCUGAUGGUUUACCAGAAUCAGAUAAAGACGCAACACAAGACGUUGAACCGUUGUGUGAAGCAGUUAGAAAAAACUGUUAUGCUCCAUUCAAAGAGCUUGUGAUUAAGCUCAACACUUCAUCACCAUAUCCAAUUACUUGCGUAGUUGCUGAUGGCGUCUCAGGCUUUGCUGGAAGAGUUGCGAAAGAUUUAGGCAUUCAAGAGUUGCAGUUUUGGACAGCUUCUGCUUGUGGUUUUGUCGGAUAUUUACAAUACGAUGAGCUUGUCAAGAGAGGAAUUCUUCCAUUCAAAGGUAAAACUGUUAUGGUUCCCAAUACUUAUAAUUUGAUUAAUAAUGCGUCUAUUUUAAAUUUAUCUUUCAGCUCUGUUUUUUCAUAA